AUGGAGAAAUCAGCGACACACCAUCUCAAGGACGAUGGCGCCAGGUACCCUGUACCCGCGGGCAAGGACGACGUGGAAGUGCAACUCGACAACAAAGACAUUGGUUCAAUUGAUGGGAAUUCAUUGACCGAAGACCACCGACAGUAUUUGCUCCAGCGUCAUGGGACGGUGGACCUCGACCCCAUGCCAGAUAUGACGGAUGCGGACCCCUAUAACUGGCCGACCUGGAAGAAAUCCCUCAAUCUGGUAAUGGUCGCGUUCCAUGCGAUGAUGGCGACCUUCACCGCGGCCGCGAUCCAGUCCGCCUUCGGGGAUAUAGCGGAAGACCUCGGCGUCAGCGUUCAUCGAGCAAGCUACUUGACCUCCCUGGUCAUUGCGGUCCUGGGUGCUGCUCCUCUGAUCUGGAUGCCACUAUCCAAUCGAUACGGACGACGACCCAUCUUCCUUCUGUCGCUGAUAUGCAGUCUGGUCGGCAACGUGGGCUGUGCGAAGAGCUACUCCUAUGCGACCAUGGGAUUAUGUCGGGCCAUCACCGGCUUCUUCAUCAGCCCGCCGGCAGCAAUUGGUAGUGCGGUGGUAGCCGAGACCUUUUUCAAGAAGGAUCGGGCUCGAUGCAUGGGGGUCUGGGCCGUCAUGGUUACCGUGGGGGUGCCACUGGCGCCCUUGAUCUUUGGGUUCGUUGCGGUUCGGGUGGGAUAUCGAUGGAUUUACUGGACACUAGCCAUUACGAAUGGUGUUCAAUUCCUGCUGUACUUGGCCUUUGGCUCCGAGUCACUCUAUAUCCGUGGCGACACUGCAAAGACGCCGGACUCUUCGCUGCACCGAUUCCUUCCAUUCAAACGCAUUGAUAUGACUCCCCUCCGAGUAUGGGAUUUCCUUCAACCUCUGGCAAUGGCCGCCCGUCCUUGUGUCAUGAUUCCCACCGCGGUCUAUUCGAUGGUCUUCCUCCUCGCAAGCAUCUUCCCCUCGCUCGAGAUCCCUCAAAUAUUCCCGGAGUUGUAUCAUCUGGACACCCAACAAAUUGGGCUUCAAUACAUAGCAAUGGUCGUUGGCUCGAUAAUCGGGGACCAGAUCGGCGGAGCUAUAUCGGAUCGGUGGAUGUUGUAUCGAGCCAAAAGAACAAACCACUCCGUUGCCCCCGAGUAUCGACUAUGGCUGAGCUACCCCGGCCUGAUCCUAUCUAUAGUCGGCAUCAUUGUCUUCCUCGUACAGGUCAAUAACGCUUCAUCUCACUGGACGAUAACGCCGCUGAUUGGCGUUGCCAUUGCGGCUGUCGGGAACCAAAUCAUCACCACCGUCAAUAUCACCUACGCCGUAGAUUGUUAUCGAUCGGAAGCGGCCAGCGUUGGGGUCUUCAUCACCUUUGUCCGUCAGAUCUGGGGCUUUAUCGGACCAUUUUGGUUUCCGGAGAUGUUGAAAAGUGUGGGCUUUCUUGGAUCAGCUGGGAUUCUGGUUGCCAUGAUCGUUGCGGUCAGCGUGAUUCCGACACUCUUCCUGCAGUGGAAAGGGCAUACAUGGCGGUAA